ACAUCAUUUCAUCUCGCCUAUGCCCCAUCCAUCAGAAACAUUUCUGUUGAUGACACUGCUCUCAAAUUUGGCCUUCCCGACCUACGACCAGCCAUCACUGACUUUCUCGGUCACGAAGCUGCGCAUGGGCAGGAUUUUGUUCACACCAUUGGGGGGGCUAGGAGAGCUAGACCUGUUGCUCCACUUCCAUUCGAAAAGCUCAAAGUCUGGUUCAAGCUUCGAUUGCAGGAUACUGAUUUUCAUGACGUUAGUAUCAUACGGCCUGCCCAGACCCUGAAUUGUUCACCACCUUCUGACAUCUGGACCUGCGGCCAGUAUGAUCCGGUCAUCGUUAACAACGAUGCGAAAUGCACAUGGCCCAUUGAUGGUCUUCAUGGGCACACUGUUGGUGAAAUAAGGCUUAUUAUGUGUCCUGUUGGCAAGGCUGGUACAAAUUGGUCGUGGAAGGACCGUUUCCUUGCCUAUGUUUAUCGCUUUGACUUUGUUCUGCAAGGUAGAAGUGAUCAUGAGCUGAGUACGCAACUGCAUGUACUCAAACGAGCGACACGUUCAAAUGAUACUUGGGUAGGUGAUAUCGUACCAGUCAUGCAGCUUAGGGCACCUGUCAACCUUGUACCUCAUUUUGGUGCAAGUGCGGACCAUCGUCUCACCCCAUAUAACAGUAUGGAACAUUCUUCAGAAUUCUGGCUUAAUAAAUACUGGGAUAAAAACACAUUCCUCCCACUUUCCAUGUACUAG